AUGGACCUCCCUGACUCCACAGGUCCUGCCGCCCUCCCCAAGCACAUCCUGGAUGUUUGGGUCAUCGUCUUGAUUAUCCUGGCCACCAUCCUCAUCAUGACGGCCCUGGUGCUCUGCCCAGCCACCGCUGUCAUUAUCUACCGGGUACGGACUCACCCCACGCGCAAUGGCAUCGUGUGA